AUGCACGAGCUGCCCCGAUUCCAUCGCUUGCUGUGCGUGGCUGGGGCGGGCCCAAACUGCAGUGGAGCACACGGAAUAGGUGGGCGAGACGGUGAGAGCCAAAGAAAAGUAUGCCAUGAUGGGCAACGCGCUCUUCGGAAUGAUAAUAAUAAAAGAGGAUAUCAAGAGGUGAAAAUGGCGACUUUUUUGCAGCUUGGAGAUCGUGAGAGGAGGGAAGAGUGGGGAAUCGCUGCAUGGGCGCGGCUGCGCCCGAGUGGCGACGGAACGAGUUUAGAAAAGGCAUAUCGAGCCGACAAGGAAGGUGCAGGGAGAGAGAGACCGCACUGGCGGAGAGAAGGAGUCAAGAGGGAAGCGACGAAACAUCAGCCAACGAAAGGAAACAAAGACCGAUUUGAAGAGUGGCACCUAAAAGGCAGUGAGCAGGGGAAAUGUCUCAAGUACGAGUGGACCGCGACGCGGUAA